AUGACGGGGACUCCGAGUCGAGGCACAGUAGCAAACGUGAUCCGCAUAAUCUCCCAUCUUGGGGGCCCAGAAUGCUCAGAAGAGGAAUUAAGAUGGGCUACAGAUAUCUCGUCUGGCAAAAAGCUCCUGGAGUGGCUAGCAAGCCAAGGCUCCGCGGCCACAGAAUUGGGCUACGCGGGGCCCCAGCAGCUGGACAGUGUUCCAAAUCCACAGGAUAUGCUCGACCAGACUGUAAUGAGCACGAUGGCGCUGUACAAAGAAGAGUCGAACGUGCUGGAACGAGCGGUGAUCAGAAGCGGCGGUGGAGCUGAGGAAGCUGGUUCUUCGCGAUCAUGCUACCCACCUGCAUCAUACGCACUACCAUCUACCUUGAGGAUGCGUGCUGAAGCACUCGAAAGUGAAGCAGAGACACUCGAAUCACGAGCUACGCGCUUGAAGCGUCGCUCACAGCUGGCAAAAUUAGCCACGAAGGACGUUAGACGAACCGCGAGCGCAGUGCAGAAGCAGAUCGAGAGCGUGGACCAGACAAUUCAGCGACAAGAAGAGACGCUCACGGACCUAUCUGUAGAGACUGACGGCACCAUUGCGAAAUGCACGCAACAGGCUCUCGCACUUCUGCACACUUCUGAACAACAAGACGAUGUGCUCGCCAUACUUAAGUCAGAAAUCGCCUCCCUCGAUCGCGCGCGAAACGCUAUCGCAGGUGCGGUCGGGCAUCUCUACCGGACCCUCGACGAUGGCUACACUUCAUUGCCUUCCGCGGCCGAGUUGGCGGAUGAUGCGGCCGUCUUACAAGCGCGAUAUACCGCCACAUCAAAGAAUGGCUCCCCGAAGCACUCUAAUUUGGUUGACGCUGCGUACUUUGAGGAGCUGGAGAAGCUAGCCAGUCAACUCAAAGCGUCACCCCCGGGCCGUCUUGCGCAGAUGCAGUUGCUACAUUCGCCCUCCACGGCGCAGAAACCACAGAUUGAGCGGCUGUCUCUGUCAUUCCCUGAUGUCAAAGCGGAAUUAGAGCGGGCCGGGUGUAUGGACCGAUUUCUCCUGCUCCAGGCGCAAGAGAGAUCUCUCGACGAUGCGACUCGAGAAAUGCAGGAAAGCCUGCUCCCUCGGCUUCAGCGGACACAUGACGUUCUCAAUGCGCGUAGCGCCUAUGCCGUGGAGACAGAAGCUGUCGUCAGCGCUCUUAUCGAAGAGCUAGAAGACGUCAACGACACGGUCGAAAGCACGAAGCAGCAGCCAAGCGCUGUCGGAGGCCGUGAAGACGAACGAUCAGAAGACAUUCUUGAGGCCGCUGUCACAGACUUGUUGAAGGCACUUCUGCGUGCUGACCCGGCAGGGCGUCCAAACGUCUUGCUCAAUAGGUCUGACGUCGAAGCAGAGUUAGCGGCGCUCACUGAAAGGUCUGCCGCAUCGCAUCUGGCGGAGGGCAAGUGGACAUCCGAUGCGAAGAGUCGGUUGGCGGAUUUGUACACUAGUCGUACAACGCUCCUCUCCACAGCGUACGCAAAUGCCCCCAUGAACACAUCACCGCCAUUCUCCGCUCUAUCCGGCGAAACCGCCGCUAAGGAAGAUACGCGUAGCAAGGCGCAAGGACUCACAGAAGCGGCUGCAAGGCUACAGAAGGAAUCUGAACUAAGUUCCAAGGACAAGCAAAAGCUCGCUGCAUUCAUCAAGAAGUGGACUUCCGAGUCGAAGUGA